UGAAGCAAGCACAACGCUCUGAUUAUCAAUCUGUGGACAGGAUGAAGUGUGUUAUGAUCUUCCUUGUGCUGUCACUGGUCGUCCUCAUGGCUGAACCAGGGGACUGUAUUUUCAGACACCUGUGGAGAGGUGCCAAGGCUCUGUUUCGUGGUGCCAGGGCAGGAUGGAGAGGUAAAUCACAACUGAAUGUACUGUACACUCUGCGUCAACCUCCUAUUUAUGCAAACAAGCUACUUUAUACACAGAAACAACCAUAUAAACAGUUAGAGAGGAAAGGAGAGGAACAACUGGUAAGACGGACAAACAGACAGGCAGACAGGGGUCGCCACAGCGAAUCGUCUGACAACUGUUUUACGCCCAGUGCCCUUCCUAACGCAACCCUGAUUCGAACCUGCGCCACAGCAGUGAAAGUGCUGCGCCUUAACCACUAG